CUGGAGCAGCGGAGCGGAGCGGCUGACAGAGACACGCAGUCCUCAUCAGCAAAAUGAGGCGGAUUUAGCUCAAUGUUUCCCCAAACUGGAUGUUUAAAGACUGAACCUCCUCGUCUGCCGUAGACCAGCGCGGAGAUCUGACUUUAUUCCAUCAAUGAGAUAUGCGGAGUGGCUCUACCGCCCGGUGGUAACGCAGAAAAACACAAGAUGAAGAAGCAGUUCAACCGAAUGAGACAGCUCGCCAACCAAACAGUGGGCAGGGCUGAAAAAACAGAAGUAUUAAGUGAAGACCUGCUGCAGGUGGAGAAACGUCUGGAGCUGGUCAAGCAGGUUUCCCACAGCACACACAAGAAGCUGACCGCCUGUCUGCAGGGCCAGCAGGGCGUGGACGUGGACAAGAAGUCUGUCAGGUCGCCCUCGAAGAAGCUUCCUCUCACAACACUCGCACAAUGUAUGGUGGAGGGGGCGGCUGUGCUCGGAGACGAGUCUCUGUUAGGGAAGAUGCUGAAGCUCUGCGGCGAGACGCAGGACAGACUCGCUCAGGAGCUCAUCUUGUUCGAGCUCACCAUCGAGAGGGACAUCAUCGAGCCUCUGUACGACCUCGCAGAGGUGGAAAUCCCAAACAUCCAGAAACAAAGGAAACAUUUAGCGAAACUGGUCCUGGACAUGGACUCUGCACGCACACGGUAUUAUCAGUCCACCAAGUCUUCAGGACUGUCCAGCAACCUGCAGCCGACAGGAGCCAAGGCCGACCACCUCAGGGAAGAGAUGGAGGAGGCGGCCAACCGCAUGGAGAUCUGUCGAGAUCAGCUAUCAGCAGACAUGUACAGUUUUGUGGCCAAAGAAAUUGACUAUGCAAGCUACUUCCAGACACUGAUAGAAGUCCAGGCAGAGUAUCACAGGAAGUCGUUAGAGCUGCUUCAGAGCGUCCUGCCUCAGAUCAAAGCUCAUCAGGAGACCUGGGUGGAGAAGCCGUGCUACGGGAAGCCAUUAGAGGAGCACUUAGCGCUCAGCGGGAGAGAUAUUGCCUUUCCCAUCGAGGCCUGUGUCACCAUGCUGCUGGAAUGUGGCAUGCAGGAGGAGGGUUUGUUCAGAGUCGCUCCUUCGGCCUCCAAACUGAAGAAGCUGAAGGCGUCCUUGGACUGUGGGGUGCUGGAUGUCCAGGAGUACUCUGCAGACCCACACGCAAUCGCAGGUGCUCUGAAGUCGUACCUGCGGGAGCUCCCUGAGCCGUUGAUGACAUAUGAACUCUACAACGACUGGAUCCAGGCCUCCAACAUUCAGGAUCAAGACAAGAGACUGCAGGCUCUGCUCAGCGCCUGUGAGAAACUACCCCCCGCCAACAACAACAACUUCAAGUAUUUGAUCAAAUUCCUCUCCAAACUGACCGAAUACCAGGAUGUGAACAAGAUGACGCCUGGAAACAUUGCUAUCGUCCUCGGGCCGAACCUGCUGUGGAUGCACAACGAGGGCAACAUCACAGAGAUGAUGACCACGGUUUCCCUGCAGAUCGUCGGCAUCAUCGAACCCAUCAUCCAGCACGCCGACUGGUUCUUCCCCGGAGAGAUCGAGUUCAACGUCACAGGGAACUACGGGAGCCCCGUCCACACCAACCACAACGCCAACUACAGCUCCAUGCCGUCUCCGGACAUGGAUCAGAUCGACCGGAGGCAGAACGACCAGAGUCGGCGGCCGCUCAGCGUCGCCACGGACAACAUGAUGCUGGAGUUCUAUAAGAAGGACGGUACCCUGAAGAACAAGGAGCUGUCUCCAGUGAUCGGACAGAAGGGAAUCCAGGGAACAGUGACCUCUAGUGGACAGUCGCAGCACUCAGAGCACAGCCCACACACCCUGAGGAGAGCGAAGAAGCUGGCCCCGAUCCCACCUAAAGGCCCGUACUGCCAGACGGGAGCCAUGUCCGACCAGUCGACAGGUCAGCCGUCUCCCGUCAGCCUGUCGCCCACUCCUCCGAGCACCCCCUCCCCGUACGGCUUCAGCUACCCGCAGGGAUACGCCACCAUCGGCUCCCCGGGGCAGAUGGCCCAGAUGGCCACCACCCCGUCCCUCUCCUCUCCGCCCUCGCUGGCCGGGACUCUCACCAAGGCGAGGCCGACCCCCAAGCCGCCCCGGCAGAGGCCCAGCUUACCUCCUCCUCAGCCCCCCACCACGCCCGGCACCAGCCCCCAGCCUCUGGAGCACGCGACAGGUCUCCUGGACGGUUUGUCUCCAGGGGAAAGCAUGUCCACAGAUUCUCUCUGCAACCUGGACAUCCCCAUCAUAAACGUGGAACUGGACGGUAUUUUUGACUUGCCCCACAUCUCCCCCUUCAGGAACUCAGUGGCACUGCUCGAGUCGUCCAGCGCCCGAGCGGAGUCGGAGGAAGAAUCCGAGAGCACAGUGCUAUGACGCCGCUGAGUUCCCCCGCCGGCUGAUUCAAUGAAACUCAACGCUACUGCUGCAUCGUCUGAUCUCAUCGCUACGCCUCACCUGUCCUCCAUCCAGAGGGGUCGACCUGUCAAAGCAAGCUCCUCCAGAAAAUAACAAAAACUACAGGAACAACUCCACAUGCUCACAAUAAUCACAGAGGUGUUGUCAGGGGACUUGAUCAGACACAGUUUUUUUGGCUGGAAACAUAUUUUUUGGUUUUGUUUCUUUUUGCCUUAUUUGAUUCACUUGCAAUAUUGCCUUUAACUCCACACAUGAGACUGGAAACCGGCCGCUGGGAGGAAUGAGCGCUCUUUGCUGCUGCUGCUGCUUCUCAUGAGUGAGUUUCAGAAGGAGGAAGGACACGGUACUGUACACCCGUCCUGCCGUCACCAAGGCUUUCUUCCUCAUUCCCGCGCUGUUUAUCUGCCAUCUCAAGUUGCUCCUCCGGUCCUCAGGGGCGUCAGCUGAAAAUGCCUCGUUCUGGCAUGUGGUGGCAACGACCCCUGAAUCUCUGUUCCACCUGAGCGUUCACUGUGAGUGUGCCAGUAUGUCGUUUUGGAAAGUGUGUGUGUGUGUGUGUUUAUAUGUGUUUGGUAAUUGUACUAUAUGAUGUUGCACUGUUGGUGUCGUGGAGCAUAAACAGGAAUGCAUGUUUUAGACAUUUAGGAAAAUAACUACCAGGUUUGCAAAGAGGUUAAAUGCCCAAAUCGCUCUCUGUAUUUACAUGGCAUUCAAUCAGGAUAUCAGUCACUGAAUAUUUAUUGUUUAUACUGUACAUUUUGAGAAUAUAUGAUACAAUUAACACUAUAUAUCAGAUCAGAUCAUAUUUUGUAUCUACAGCAGAGCUAUAAAAGAACCGUUUCCUCCAGAUAGAAUAUCGCUGAUGUUGUCAGGGAGCUAUUAAAUAUAUGAGAUGAAUAGUUUAUGAAAGGUACAGAGGGGAAAGGUUGGAAGGGCUUCGGCAAAUGCAAAAAGUCUAGUUAGCAUGGAAAUGAAACACAUGUGAUUACACAUGAUCAUUGUGGCAGCAGGUGAAGUUUUAUGGGAUUUUUCAUUUUGUCAAUCAACAAGUCAUUUCAGUGUGAAGAGCGAUAAGCUCAGAGACUACAUACAGUGUGCAGGUUUGGUGCUGCUGUGCCUGAAGUGUGCCACCACAACAUUCGCUUAAAUUCAUAAUUGAGUCCCGCCCACAGAGCAGCAGCUGUUAUGUAUUGGCUAGAGUGCAGCCAAUCAGAGCUCCUGCUGCUGCUCUGUGGGCGGGACUUUAUUUAAAUGUGCCCUGUGGAGUUUUGUUGUAAACGAACAAAGUUCUUCUUACAUUUGGUGUUUCUCACCCAAACAUUUGGUGUAAAUUUAUUUUGAAUUGUGCGUCGUUUACGUCCGCGUCUGCCGGCUCGCCGUCCUCUUCUUCUCUGCCUUUACGGGCUCAUUGCUGAACUUCCCCGCGCGCUACUGCCACCAGCUGUGGUUCAGCGGAAUGACAUGAUGUAGUUUUUGUCCCACCUGGCCUCCAUCGCUCCUGUCACGUUCACCCUGAGCGGUGCUUGUUUGUAGCUGUCGGCUAAAGGCUCCACCGUGUCCGCCGGCUGGUGGUCUGGUUCUGGGCAGGUGGGUUUGUGAGAGCUGGACAUACACUUGUGUUGGCUUGGCUGGACUCGGACUCACACAUUACAGCUUGACGCGCUUGUCUUGAGUCCGUCUUUAGUGCUGUACUGCUGGGAGCCAGCUACUUACCAUCAGACCGGUAUGAUUCAGCUGAUGACGACAUGAAAUGGCGCAUCUGUUAUGUCUCAAUAAGAGCAGAGGCUACGUUAAAUUAAAUGUCCCUGAAUGAUGAAGGAGCCCAUUUGCUUGUUUUGACCUGACUCCAGAGAGACGGUCCAUCACAGGCGCGGCUGGUGGACUAAUGGAAACGCGACAGCGUCCAAAAGUGCCAACAGAAAAACCCACAACAUAGCGCAGCUGUGAGCCUGAUAACAAAACACAAGCUGAAGGAUGCUAAAUGAUUAAAAAACAUCAGUUAUACUGUAGCUGCUUUAGGUUUCAUAGUGUAUACAUCAUAUGCAUAUUUCUAAUAGUUUGUAUUAUAAUGAAGCAGGUAAAAAUAAAAGUUGCUCCGAUGGCACACUUCACUCUCCAUAAACCAGAUUUUGUCCUCCUGCUCUGAGGUGAUACAACAUGUGAUCACAUCCUGUCAAAGAACUGAAAACAGUCACAGUCCCAGAAAAAAGGUGCUAUUUUUAUCAGAAAACAACCAAACUGCAGCCCCAGUGGAAAAAUAAGCACACUCCUUUUUCUGACGGCGCACUUUCAGCUUCACCCACCCCCUCAUUGCAGUUUCAGGAUCUCUGUCUGACGAUGCUGAUAUUUUUGGUCUGUGUUAAUGAACCAGAGGCAAGUGCAAAGAUAUGUGUAUAUGUGUUUAUUUUGAUGAGAGUAUUUAUACAGAUAUAUUUCUGAAUACUUUUUACGAGGUGUGAAGAGUUGUGAUUGUUUCCACGACACGUGAAUCUCAUCCGAGGAUUAAAAAAAGCAUCGAAACACGGGACCAGAAUUUCCCUGCUGUCGUAUCAAAACCUUCAGAGAAAACUAGGAAAUCAAUAAAACUGGAGUGAAAAGGUUUGUGUACGACAGCAGCAGUUUGUUAUUUGCCUUUGGGGGGGGGGGCUUCCUUUUCGUCCUGAGAACAUUCACCACGCAGGCUCAAAGUCACUGUGCUGCUCGGCCGUCCUCCCCCCCUGAAGAGGACCUGUGUAAAUACUGGAGAGUCUGUACAAACAUGUUCUGUAUAUACUGCCGGGGGAGCAAUUUAAAUACAUAGAGAUAUAUACAAAUGCUAUAAAUGACGACGGACAUUAUAACAUUAUACUGGACAGAUGAUAUUAUAAUGUUCUGGUUCGAGCACAAUAUUCACAUUCAAACAUGGAGUAGACGUCACACAGUGCAGCAGCUCUCAGGGCGCUGUCGUAGGCUCAAGGUUAAAUCUAGUUUGUAGAUUUUAUAAACAGAAACUGCUCAUCGUGCUCGUGCUACAGAAGAAUUAACCUCUUGACUCCAGGAGGGUUUGAGAAACUGCUGAAUCUCUGGCUUUUAGUUUGACUGUUGGACAGAAGGUUUCACUUCGUGACUGAAUGCAAAGAUCUACACAGUUCAUGUCCCCCAUGUUAGAUAUUAGAUCUAUAUUUGAAAACGUUUUCACAAGCAGAAAAACUACAGAAUCAAAGAGAAAAAGGUUUUUUACAAUUUAGGGCUGCAAGAAACAAAUAUUUUCAUUCUCAGUUGAUCUGCUGAUUAUUUUCUUCAUCGUUUGGUCCAUAAAUAUUGAAAAAGCCCAAAGUGAUGUUCGUAUUGUCUGAGUAAUAACUACAGUCUGUAGUUUGUGUGUUUACUCUCCUGUUAGACAAAGAAAAGCAGGACGUCCUCAUGAUAUCGACGCUGAAACAAGAUGUGAAAAAUAUCAAAACAGCUGCUGAUUAAUUUCUGUUAAUCCAUCGAUCUACUAACUGAUCAACUCCAAUUCAGAUCAAUUACUGGGUUCUGAGGUCAAAUCAAUACAGCAUGAGAUAUGAUCACCAGUAUUUAUAAUUCUCAUAUUUAAAGAGAAACGUAACGCUGACCUCAGAACAGUGAAAACGUGUCUGUGCUGAGCUGAAAGCUCUAUCCCGUCUUUGCCUGGUUUCUGUUCCAAUGUGCUGCUCUUUGUUUUGUACUGAAGGGUUUCAAACUAAAGCUUGUACAUACAGUGUUCAAAUACAACUUUAUUAACAGUAGCCUGUCGGGCAGAGACAGUGGACGACAGCCUUUCCGAGCAUGCCCUGUGAGCACUGAAGGCCUUUUUUACAUGGAUAGGUGGAAUGUACCGGUGAUAGACGACGUUCACCUCGUAGGUCGAGCUGAAGGUGGACUGUGUGUGUUGUGGACAUAGUUUCAAGUAAAAGAGGGUGAAGGGGGGGGGGGGUGAUUCGACAUUGUCCUGUGUGAAACUCAGCAGCAUGCUUUCUAACCAUGCCUAUGAAAUAUGUCUCAUCUUUGCUCCUAUAUAAAUGUGCUUGUAUUUAUUUUUUAUAAGUGAAUAGACCGACCUUUAUAAAAGAAGAAUACUUCAGUGGUGCCCUUGACUUCUUUUAGUUGAUUGAAACAUUCAUGAUUUACUGUUUGUUCUCGCCUUGUUUCCUCUGUGUUCCGCUGGUAAAGUACGUUCCACCAUUUUUAUCUAGAACAAAUAAGUGAAGCACAUCCAGCCUCUGUCUGGAAAUCCAAAUCUUCAGCUAACACGAUCAGAGAGAAGACGGUUUGUGGCCAGAACACUGAACCUUCAGAGGACUCAGAGUUCCUGUGGCCUUACACUGAAAUCACGCAGAGAGAAACAGGAAGUGCUGCAUACAGGUCUGAUUUGUUGCUAGGUUACACUGUGGUGCAUGCAGCUAAUACAUCUUCAGUCAUCCUUUUUUUUUUUUUUUGCUCAAGUUCAAGUUCCAAGUAACGGGGGCCAAAACAAAAAGGGAACACGUGACUGAUCGAGGAAUCUCUGGAGUUCUUUGUGUCAAACUGUGGUGACGCAGCGGAGCUAAAGAGGAAAUGCCUUUUCCUGGACGCUCUAUCUCCCGGUCACCGAGUGGAACACAGUGUACAGUACGAUAAAAAUAAAAUGAACCUCAUCCGAAUGUUGAAACUAUUAAAAAUGUUUUUCUAUUACUUGGA